AUGACCUCAGUGAGCAAAGACAAAGAGGGUGCAAAGUUUGGGUCCUCAGGAAAGAAAAAGAAGACACUACAGCAGUCGCAGCUUGCUAGAAGCACCUUUCAGACAGUAUUCAACGGAGAAGAUCCCCAAGAUGUCACGCUGCAUCUGGAAUUGCCGGUCGCGGAUGACUUCGAGGAAGAACUCGAAAACUUCUCGAAAUUGGAUGCGCAGAGUGUUUUUGGACCGGCUCCGGAUGCCCAAAGCGAUGAGCUCAAGCUUUUGCACCGGCAAUGGAAACUGCUUCGAGGCAUGUUCCUUAUGCAGCGCGAGGGAACGAUCGAUGCGGCAUGGGAAGAAGCUCGCGAAAAUCUGACGGAAUUCAAAAUCCCUGCAGAUGCUGGGUCUACAGAGAUACAAAUCAUGUCCUUGACGUUGCGCAUUUGUGCGCAUGUCGACUUCGUUCUACCUGGUCUAUUCGAAGGAACACUCGACGCAUAUAUAGACCAGUGGACAGAUUGGCAAGCUUUGCUUAGACGACUUCUAACCGAAGGUCGAGUCUGGGACGUUUGGCGAAAUGAUGAAGAUGAUGAGCCCACCGUACUGGCCAUCCUGGACAUGAUCAUGUUGGUCGUGUUGAAUUUGGAUAUCUCCAAAGAUAUGAUGCAGUCUUUGCGAGUGCCACUACAAGUUGCAGAUGAUUGCGCAGAGAUAAUCAGGCUGAAGUUCCCAGAAUCAAUGAAUACGCGCCCAUAUCUCAGGUGGAUCCUCGUGAAGGCCGCUGAGUUCGGGUGCAGGGGAGAAAAGGGGCUGACAGAUCCCUUCACUGAGCUUCUUCAGAAUGUGGAAGACUUUCCGGGGAAGUAUGUCUCAUACUCUGACUGGAUUCGUACUCUGAUAUAUGUGCCCCGUGGAAUCGAAAACCCGGGGUGGUUCAUGCCAGAGGCCCCGCCAGAAGCGAAUCAGCCCGUUCUUGCGGCGUUAAAUUCCGCAGAGCUGCUUCAAGACUUCCCGACUCAAGCUCUGUGUUACAAGCUACUGAUUUUAAGAUCAAAACAACCGCAAACGUUAUUCCACGACCUACUACACCUACAAGGCCGUGUGCAGGGCGAUCGAGAGGGAUGUCUUCGGACACGACUGACCAGCUAUCUCGCGUGCAAAGAGCGUGCUGAGCAAGACUCGCUUCUAAAGGACCUCAAGAAAACGUCUGACUGGAACGAUCAUCGGGUUUUACGAGAUCCCUAUCUUUACUGGGCCCGAGACUCCAUAACGAGAGCUCUGACAAGACGAACCGGCGGACCUAACAGUACGGUCCUAGGACCGCAUACGGAGGCAGCAUACUUUAGGUGGCUUCCUCAGAACAUAAAAGCUUCGAUGGAAGACCAGUAUGGGCCGAGAACACACGCCACUACUGCACACGAUACGAAUUCAGAUGAUCGCCAGUUCAAUACCAACAUGAGCUCGGAUCCAAAAACGUCUCGCCGAGCCACGUCAGUUCAGAUCGGAAUGGAAGAUGACCCAGACAUUACUAUCAGGCUGCACGGGAACUCAGAAACCCGUUCAAGGUCGGAAAAGCCGACGAGGCAAGAUAAAGACCGCAGCGAUCGGUAUCCCCGUGCCUCCCGUGACCACCAGGACAGCGGAGCGACUGUCAUCCGUGGUCCAACCAUCGAACGGGAAGUAAUAACGCACUACAGAGAUAUCGACCACGGAAUAAGCCCGAGCAAGGUCUCACCGCGCUUAAGUCAACCUCGCGUAUCAUUCGAGAAGCGUGAUACUCAUGGGUCAUCCCAGCGAGUAGUCGAACUCCCAAAAAACAAUGAGAAUGAAUCCGAGGUCCGAUCUAUCAGAUACGGAAAUUCGAAUGCACGAAAUCACGGGGAGCCAAACCCAGAUCCUCGAGACCAACCGAUCAUUGUGGACGUCUCACCUACAGAGUCAAUAGCGUCCCAAGAGCACCAUCAUGAGGAGCUAAAGGCAGAUGUCUACUCAGAAGAAGAUGAAAGGUACCAACAACACGUUGAACAGGCAACAGGAUCUGCGGAUGACUUUGACAAGAAUGCCAAAGGCGGAACGACGAGCAUGGGCGAGCACGAUCCUAAUCAGCUUCCAAAUUCGAGGGGAAACAUCAGCCAGCAGUCAACACAUGCAGAAAGGGACAGAGAUAGUGUUGUGGAGUACCCAAGACGAGGUUCGACACGACGUUCAUCAUCGAGACAAGGAUUUUCUACGGAGGACUCUUUCAGUGGAACUGGAAGCUUGGGCUCAGAAGCCAAUUAUAUGGUCAUUGAGACUUAUGAUGACGACAGUGACGGCGGAUGUUCCCUACAGGCACCGAAUGUAGGGAAAGAAAGUCAUGAGGCCAAUCAAGAUCACAUGGCAUUAGUUCCGAUGGGAUACGACUUCGACAUGCCUAUCCACCCUGACUCUGAGAGCCAGACAGAACUAGGUCCUGAUAACGGCACGACUGCAGAAGAUGAUAGCAGAGUAGUUACUGAGGAGCAGAAGCUGGCAGAGAGAGGAGAACGACAUCGCAACGCCCAAUUCGUGAGCGGUGGGCUUGCCGGCAACCCUUCGUCUUCUGCACCACGCAAGGGCAAGUCGAAGGGCCGGCGCCGUCCGCGUGGAGCCAGACGCAAGAACCAGACCAUCGGCAAUCUUGAAGGCACUUAUGACGUGCCUCCUGAAUUGACCAAGGAGCGGUUUGAGUUGAGGGAGGUGGAGCAGCGAGGUAUUUCACUGGAUCCCCAGCCAUCACAAUCGCCUCGCGGGCCCGGAGUAAGGCAUUCAGGACAGCCACCACUUGAGCCAGCUGAAGGGCAAAGAAUUUCUAGAAAACCAACGGUCACCGAUCCUGACUCGGACGAGGCGUGA